AUGCCGCCCAAGGUCAAAAAUAAACAACACUCCAAACGAAAAGAAAGUAGUCAUUCUAAGGAUACUCGAACAUUUACAUGGAAUGGCACUAAUGCGACUAAGCCUCCAAGUUGGCCGAAACUUAUCUACAAACCAGAUUUAACGCUUAGUAUGCUACUUGAAGACCAGAUAACGGUCAUAGAUAAUUUCUUCAGCAAGAAGGAAUGUAUGUCAUUCAUACAUUUUGUAGAGCAACAUGUUCCAUUAGAAUUGGCGAAUCCAAACGGAAUCCCUAAAAAAGGAGAAGCAUACAGAGACAAUGACAGAUUCUCAAUUGAUGACGCUGGCUUCGCCGAUAUACUAUAUCAGAAAACUGGAUUGAAGGAUCUAGUAUCCCAAUGGAAACCAAAGACUCGUUCUAAAACCGUUACUGUAUCAAAGCUAAACUCCAAUAUACGAAUAUAUAGGUAUAGAGUGGGUCAGAAGUUUGGUGUUCAUUAUGAUGACUCGGUAAGAGAUACUGUUGGCAUGACGAGUGAAUGGACUCUGCUGAUUUAUUUAAAUGGUGAAGUCGAUCAAGAAAACGAUGAUGAUGUAAAUAUACCACAAUUGGUCGGUGGUGAGACUGUCUUUUAUAAACCAAAGAAUAGAGGCGAGGUAAUAGUUAAACCUCGAGCAGGAAUGGCACUAUUUCAUAGACAUGGCAUCGACUGCUUGCUUCAUGAAGCAAAGGAAGUAAAGGCAGGGGUAAAGUAUGUUUUACGGAGCGAUCUUAUGUUUGGCUAA